GGGCAGAGGCUGGAAGGAGAGGCGGGGGCCUCCAUUAAGGCCUGCUGCCUCAGCGGAGGCUGAAUGGCUGCUGCUGCUGCUGCUGCUCUCAGCCGCCCAGCAGGGAAGCCUCCUUCCUCCUCCUGAGUCGGGGACUCCUCCGGCCCCAGGAGCCAGGGAAGGGCGGCCCAAGAAGACUAUCCUCCUCCCGCCUCAGAACAAAUAUGGCUGAAUUCCUAGAACUAGAAUGGACAAUAGACUGGAAAGAAAGAUGUAUCGCUUUGGAAUCUCAGCUGAUGAAGUUUCGUCUUCAAGCAAGCAAAAUAAGGGAGUUGCUUGCAGAGAAGAUGCAGCAACUUGAAAAACAAGUUAUUGAUGCAGACCGUCGAGCAGAAAAGGCUUCUCAGCAGGUCCAGAUUAUGGAGGAAAAACUAAAAGCUGCUAAUAUCCAAACCAGUGAGUCUGAGACAAGGUUGUAUAAGAAGUGUCAAGAUUUGGAGAUACUGAUACAAGAGAAGGAUGACAUCAUACAGAAUUUGGAGCAACAGCUUCUAGAGCAGAAACAAAUAAGAAUACAAGAGGCAAAAAUUAUAGAGGCAAAAGCAGCAAAGAUAAAAGAAUGGGUGACUGUCAAGCUGCACGAGCUAGAAGUAGAGAAUCAGAACCUUCGCAUGAUCAACCAAAACCAAACUGAAGAGAUAAGGAUGUUGCAGAAUAAACUGCAAGAACUUCAGGGAAAGAAAUCUGUUCCUUCAGCACAUAAACCUUCAGAAGGCCAACGAAUGAGCAGUUUGACUUUUGGAUGCUUCUUAAACAGAGCAAGAAGUCCACAACAAGUUCCUAAACCAGAAAACACAAGCAGUUCUACAUCAAAGCAAGCUGAAUUAAGUGAAGACAACAGCAGUCUAGAGAAAGAAAGCCAGGAAACAUCUUCUGUUGGCAUAACAAUGUAUGGGAGUAAUAGAGGUCUGAAGCCCUUACAACAAAAUUCUUGUAUGCCAGAACAAAGGCAAACAGUAAAAUCAAAAGAUAUAGAAAGUAAUGUGUCAAAGAAUUCUUGCAUUACAGUAAGUGACUGGAGCUCUGAUGAAGAGGAAGCAAGCAAGGAAAGAUCAAAAUCCAGGCGUAUAUCUACUCUUUCAAGUCACACAUCUGAAGAAGGUAUAGGCUACAGCAGAAUUGGGAGUGAAAUGUAUUUGACAGCAUCAGAUGACAGCAGCUCUUUUAUGGAAGAAGAGAGUUUCCAAGCUCAAGGAAAUAUACACAAAAAAUUAUAUUCCUGGCAACAGGAGACACUGUGGAAAAAUCAGAACCAUGUAACUGGAAAAAGCAACUUGGAAUCCUUCAGUGGCAAGAAAGAUCAUGAUAGUUUUUCUGAUGAAUUGAAUAAGAGAUUUCAGUCCCACCGGCUAGAUUAUUCAUCUUCCUCUAGUGAGGCAAAUACUCCAAGUCCAAUUUUAACUCCAGCUCUAGCUCCUAAGCAUCCAGCACUGAUGCUGGCAGCAGGCUCUCCAUCUAAUUUGCCACCUCCAAAGCUGAGGACUCCUAGUGUCUUUACUCUAAAUGCAGCACUGGCAAAAAAACAUUUUAGCCAGCCCUCUCUAUGUUCAGACAAAAUGUUUGGCAGAAACAGAAAUGCAAUAAGCAUGAUACGUCCUUUUAAGCCUCAAGAAACAGAUAUUGAUCAGGUAGAUGGAGAAGGUGCAGAUGUUUUAGAGAAGAUGGAAAUUGGCUGUAAUGAUAAACUCUUUACUUAUGACUCCUGUGAAACACAGUGUGUAGAAUCCUCGGACUCUGGUGAUGCAAGGAAAACUACAAGCAACAAGCCUCCCACUCCUCCACUUCAUCGAUUCCCCUCGUGGGAAGGCAGAAUUUAUGCUGUAGCCAAAUCGGGUUUACACUUUUCUGAGGCCUUUAGUGUUGACUCCUUCAGUAAAAGUUCUACGUCUUCAACUUCUUAUUCAUUAUCAGGACUCUACACAUCAUUAAUAUACAAGAAUGUGACUACACCAGUCUAUACUACUCUUAAAGGGAAAGCAACACAAAUCAGCAACAACCCAUUUUUAGAUGAUUCAUCUGGGUCUGAAGAAGAAGAUAGUUCCCGAUCUAGUUCACGGACAUCUGAAUCAGACUCUCGAAGCAGAAGUGGCCCAGGUAGUCCACGGGCUCUAAAGCGAGGUGGGCAGGAUUCUAAAAUAGUUUUAAAUGUUUCCAGGUGUUCUGGAGAACUGAGAGGGAAGUCAGAAUAUUUUUCAUUAUUUAAUACAAUAGGGCCAUCGGCGACGACAACCGUUCCCUUUCUCCUCUCGAAUGAUGAGGAUUCCCGGGAUAGACUUUCGAGGUCUCCAUCUCGGGGUUUACCCUCAAGGUCUCCGUCCCCAGCACCCCGUUCUCCGGCGCGGGUUGAGCGGCCCCCGAGGUCUCCAUCGCCAGCUCCCCUGUCUCCAGUGCGGGUCCCUGCCGACGAUGGGCUGUUUUACGACUCCGAGGCAGAUCAAUUCUAUAUAAAGGUGCCGAAGGACGUCGCGAUGUCUAGAGUGUCCUCACGCGAUCGCCGUGAUCGUCCCCAAGAGGUCUCGAGACGGGAGGAAGGUCAUUUGGAUCCUGUUCCCGCAUCCAGAGCUGCCUUGUUCCAGCCAGCGCCGCGACCAACUGACAGGCCUAGGCAGAACAUCUUAGUGCCGGUCAAGUCCUCCGAUUCCGAGGCUGACGCUUCGGUCGGGUCACAGGAGCCUUCAGAUGUUGAAGACCCCCCGCGCCAAUCGCCGCAGGAUCUGCACUAUCUGGAGGCGGCCUCCCCAUCAGAUGACGUACGUUCCUUCGCUGAACAUAUUAUCAAGAUGUCCAGGGCUCUGGACAUUGAACUGGUCUACUCGGAUGCAGAUGCAGCAGACCCAGUCGAAUGUCGGGUCCAUGGCCGGGUUCCAACACCCCCGUGCGUGCCGUUUCUUCCAUCCUUGGAAACGAUCCUCAAGCGUUCCUGGGACUCUCCUUCUUCGCCCCUCGGGCCUCCGCGCAAGAUCGAGUCGCUGUACAAGGUUGCGGCUCCCAAUGCUCCAUGGCUCAUAUCUCAUCCUCGCCAGAACUCGGCUAUAGUGGAGGGUGCUCAGCAGACUUCCACCCAGCGGCAGACGACCUCCCCGGUGGAUAAAGAAGCCAGGAAGAUAGACGCCCUGGCCAAGAAGGCGUAUGCGGCAGCGGCUUUGGCAGCGAAGGCCACUAGCUACACGGCUUGCAUGGGAGCAUACGUCCAGACUUUGAUGGAAGGCAUCUCCCCGAUAGUUCCGGACGUUCCUGACGAGGUACAGCGGACCUUGACCGAGAUCAGGGAUGAGACCCACUCUAUCGGGAGCUGGCUGAUCACUGCGGCCAGAAACAUUACUGAAUGCGUUGGAAGAGCCAUGUCAGCUUCUAUCGCAUUGAGAAGGCAUGCCUGGCUCCGUGGCUCCGACCUCAAUCAGAGCGUGAGGUCUACGAUAGAAGACAUGCCCAUUGACGGCUCCGGCUUGUUCCACGCCGACACAGACGAAAGACUCAACAAAAAGUUCCGAAUGAAGGCGGCCGCUCGGAAGCAUGGCAUGUCCACACCGGGCCCCUCUUCCUUCCGCAAGCGUCUUCGCCCUUGGCAGCAUCACCAAGGUCAGUUCCAGAGGUCUCCUUACCAGGAACGCCAGUUCCAUCAACAGGGGUCACAGCGGCAGGGCUACCCCCCCCAGCAGUCCUCUUCCUCGGGCCGUCGCAACCAGUCUCGAUACCAUGGAGGAACCAGACCCAUACUGGAUCUAAGAGAACUGAACUCUUUCUUAAGGUAUAGACGUUUUCGCAUGGUAACGCUGGCUUCCAUUUUGCCUUUGCUCCAGCAGGACCUCUGGUUCGCGACGGUGGACCUAAAGGACGCUUAUUUCCAUGUCGGAAUAAGGGAGUCCCACCGCAGGUUCCUCGCCUUUGCCAUCGGCUCCGUCGCCUACCACUACAAUGUGCUCCCAUUCGGCUUGGCCACAGCUCCUCGGGUCUUCACGAAGUGCAUGGCCCCAGUGAUAGCCUACCUCCAUCAGAGGGGAUUCAGCGUUUUUCCUUACCUGGACGACUGGCUGCUGACAGCUCCGUCAAGACGGGAGCUUCAGAACGCAAUCCAUUUUAUCCUACACCUCUUGUCAGAAUUGGGUCUUGUGGUCAACCUAGAGAAGUCCCACUUGACCCCCUCCAAGCAGGUCCGUUUCAUCGGCUCCGUCCUCGACUCCGAAGAGUCUACGGCCUAUCUUCCUCAAGACCGUUUUCAGGCCCUGUCAACUGCAGUGCGCACCGUCCACUCGCGCAGGAGACUCAAGGCCAGGGACAUCCAGGUCGCCUUGGGUCACAUGGCGUCCACUACAUUCGUGACUCCAUGGGCACGGUUGCGCCUCAGGCCUCUUCAGUCAUGGUUUCUCUCCGUGUUCAACCCAUUGACGGACUCUCCGAACAAGUGGCUCACUGUACCGAGGUCCGUGACCGCCUCUCUCCAAUGGUGGCUAGACUCCCAAAAUGUGUGCAUAGGUAUGCCCUUCGUCCAGCCUCAACCACAAAUGACUCUGACGACGGAUGCGUCGAUGGAAGGCUGGGGUGCACACCUUCUGGACUUAUGCGUGAGAGAGAAGUGGUCACAACAGGAACGGGCGCUCCACAUCAACGCACUGGAAAUGCUGGCUGUCGAGAAGGCUCUAAAGGCAUUCGAAUCCACCGUCACAGGCAAGGUGAUUCUGCUCAGGACCGACAACACAACGGAGCCACUGGAAAAAUCUGGAUAUUUGUUAAAAAUGGGUGGUAAAGUAAAGACAUGGAAACGACGAUGGUUUGUUCUCAAAGGAGGUGAAUUGCUUUACUACAAAUCUCCGAGUGAUGUAAUACGAAAACCCCAAGGUCAAAUUGAGCUAAAUGCCUCCAGCCGUAUUAUGAGAGGUGAUGGAAAACAAACAGUUCAGAUGACUACUGAAAAAAGAACAUACUACUUGACUGCAGAUUCCCCAAACAUUUUAGAAGAAUGGAUCAAAGUAUUGCAGAAUGUUCUUAAAGUACAGGCUGCAAGUCCGCUUUUUAUUCAACCAGAUGUCAAACCAACUGUGAAAGGUUUGCUUACUAAGGUGAAACAUGGAUAUUCCAAGAGAGUAUGGUGUAUGCUGGUUGGGAAAACUUUGUAUUAUUUCCGUAGCCAAGAAGAUAAGUUUCCUUUGGGUCAGAUAAAGCUUUGGGAGGCUAAAGUUGAAGAAGUUGACCGGUCCUGUGACUCAGAUGAAGAUUAUGAAGCCAGUGGCCGUAGUUUAUUAUCAACUCAUUACACCAUUGUCAUCCAUCCUAAAGAACAAGGCCCCACUUAUCUUCUUAUAGGAUCCAAGCACGAGAAGGAUACUUGGCUCUAUCACCUGACAGUUGCUGCUGGAAGCACAAAUAUAAAUGUUGGGACAGAGUUUGAACAGCUUGUCUGCAAACUGUUAAACAUUGAAGGGGACUCCACUUCUCAGAUCUGGAGACAUCCAACUCUCUGUCACAGCAAAGAUGGGAUUACUUCUCCUCUCACAACUCUUCCAUCUGAGGCUUUGCAAACAGAAGCUAUAAAAUUAUUUAAGACCUGCCAGUUGUUUAUAAAUGCUGCGGUUGACUCUCCUGCCAUUGACUACCAUGUGUCUUUAGCUCAAAGUGCUUUACAAGUGUGUCUCACACAUCCAGAGCUGCAAAAUGAAAUCUGUUGCCAGCUGGUUAAACAGACAAGAAGAAGGCAACCACCUAAUCAGAUAGGACCGAUUCAGGCCUGGCAGCUUUUAGCACUCUCCGUCGGACUCUUUCUUCCACAGCACCCCUUCCUUUGGCUCAUCAAACUUCACUUGAAGAAGAAUGCAGAUUCCAGGACUGAAUUUGGAAAAUAUGCUAUUUACUGCCAACGCUGUUUAGAAAGAACACAGCGGAAUGGUGACAGAGAAGCCAGACCAUCAAGAAUGGAAAUUCUUUCUACACUUCUAAGAAAUCCUUAUCAUCAUUCAUUACCCUUUAGUAUUCCAGUGCAUUUCAUGAAUGGCAUAUACCAGGUCGUUGGGUUUGAUGCAUCUACCACAGUGGAAGAAUUUCUGAACACACUUAAUCAGGAUACAGGAAUGAGGAAACCAACAGAAUCAGGUUUUGCUUUAUUUACAGAUGAUCCCUCAGGCAGAGAUGUAGAACACUGUCUUCAAGGAAAUAUCAAGAUCUGUGACAUUAUUUCUAGAUGGGAACAAGCCUCUAAAGAACAACAUCCUGGGAAAUGUGAAGGGACAAGAACUGUAAGGCUUACUUACAAGAACAGGCUUUAUUUUUCAGUGCAAAUUCGUGGAGAGACUGAAAGAGAAAAGAUGCUAUUAAUGUAUCAAACAAAUGAUCAAAUUGUAAAUGGUCUUUUCCCUGUAAACAAAGAUCUAGCACUAGAACUGUCAGCGCUUUUGGCACAGGUGGAGAUUGGGGACUUCGAAAGACCUUUUUCAACUCCAGCAGGUCAAAUAAGUUCCCAGUCUAAAUCAAAUCAGACUGUAAAACAAGUUAUAGAGAAGUUUUACCCGAAAAGAUAUAGAGAUGGCUGUUCAGAAGAACAAUUAAGACAGCUUUGCCAGCGACUGUCAACAAAAUGGAUGGCUCUCCGUGGCCACAGUGCUGCAGACUGUGUGCGCAUUUAUCUUGCUGUUGCUCGAAAAUGGCCUUUCUUUGGUGCCAAAUUGUUUGAAGCAAAACCUCUGACAGUAUCAAUUUUGGAGAUAGUUGAUAAUUUGGAGAGCACUUUGAUCUGGCUUGCUGUUUAUGAAGAUGGCAUACACCUCCUAGAAUACACUUCUAUGAGAUUAAUAGCAACAUGUUUAUACAAGAACCUGAUGACAUUUGGAGGUUAUCAAGAUGACUUCAUGCUGGUGGUUAAUAAUGUCCACACACAAGAAAAGCCAACUGAAAAGCUUUUGUUUACUAUGGCCAAACCAAAGAUCCUUGAGAUUACUCUGCUGAUUGCCAGUUACAUUAACAAUUGCCAUCCACAAAAGGGAUCUGUCCACCACCUGUCUGCUUCAGUAUCACCACAGGCUGGAAGUCAAAAAAGUAAAGAUACCAGAUGUAACCCAGUUUUGUUGAAGAACAGACCAACCAAAGGACCUACUUUGUUAUGAAAAGAUCUGUGAAAAUGCUUACCUGUGACAAUGUAUGCUAUUUUAUGUUAUCAGAUGGCUACACUGGGAAGAAGAACAAUGCUUUGGAUACAAAUAAGAAUUCAAAUACACUAUCUCUUUCCCUGCUUCUCUUGUGAUCCUUGUCAGUGUCCCUUAACUUAUCCUUGGAAUUAAAACUUCUCAGAAAAUAUUUGACUAGGGGCCAGAGCAGAUGGGCAAGAAAAAACAGCUCGAUCGUUGGGUUUUGAAAGCAAGUCGAAAUCCUGCCAUCCACAAGGUGGACCGAACCAACAUGGGCUGUCCACACCAUAUGGUGUUAAGCUGUGCUGCACAGUUAUUUUUUAUCACCUCCCCACCAUACAUGUGCACAAUUGCACAAACACACUGCCUGUGGCCCAAUUACCUCCUUCCUGCCCAGAGGCCAUUCUGUUGGAUGCCCACCCAUAUGAUUGGCUGCACAGUCACACAUGCAGUGCAUUGGUGCAUCAGUGUGCCCAGUGAUAUAUUCAAAGCAUAAUCAUGGAGCUUCCCCUAUACAUGGCCCCUUCACCCCAUGCCCCCCCAUUGGACUGUCUGGUUUGUGUAUGUUGCAAUUACAUCCAUUGCACUAUUGGCAUUUGCAUUUUGCUUUGCUGCAGUCCUGUACUAGGGUUGGGCUGUUUGUAUGCUGGUGUGAUGAUGCACAUUUUCUUCUUUGAUCCCAGCUUCUUUUUGUUCCAAUUUUUAGCCCCCAAGCAUGGCUUUGUUUCACUUUCCAUCCAUUUUUGCCUCGUGCAUUGUCUAAACACCUUUAAAGAGUUAGAAGCUGCCGUAUUUGGCCAGUGUGGACUAGCCCUAAGUUGUUAAUUGUGAAAGAAGUCAGAUAACAUACUGUAAUACAGUGGAUCCUUGUUAUACGCUGGGGUUUGGUUCCAAGAUCCCCCGUGUAUAACAAAAUCCGUGUAUGCUCAAGUCCCAUUAAGUAUAAUGACAUAGCAAAAUGGUGUCCCUAAUAA